UGGCACUUGGUUUUGUUUAUUCCUGUCGAUCUUUUGACCUUUGACAAACAAUCAAAAUGUUGCACUUUCAACACACAUACUUGAAAACGUGAUAUAAUUGAUGUCAAUGAACUUUAGCUGUAUAAAACUAGUUUGGUUAUAAAUAUGACUCACUCUUUAUUUUUAAAAAACUAUGAGUCUCUGAUUUUUGUUGUUAUUGUGUCGAUUCUUCUCAAUACAUGUUAUACGAACCUUACAAAAGAGAGAUGUCAACGUGCUGUACAAGAAGCUCUUUCCAUGGGAUUAAGCUUUCCGCAGCCUGAAAAAUUACCAAUAUUUUUGAAUCCAACUACUCAAAGUGAACAACGACAACAUCGGACUACAGAAAAUCCCCAAUUAUUAAGAGAUAAUGAUCGUACUAGUAACACAAUCACUUCAACAAAUAUAGAUGAAAAUUCAAGAAAUGCUAAAGAAUCCUUAUAUUUAUGGCUCUCUGAGACACAACUUAAUCAAUUAUUGGAGUAUAACUUUCUGGAUACAUAUCGAGCUCAUGCUGGUCAAGGUAGGAGUUUAUCCGAUUUAAAUUGGGACGCUAAUCAGUCACAAUUAUAUCAUCAAAGUUUUUGUUACUGGUCGGAUACCAAUUUACCAAAGCAUACAUGUUGUACAUUUCAAAUGGAAUUAGGAUUAUUACAGAAAACUACGGAUGAAUUGCAUCAAAGUUUAUCAAAUUACUUAGGCCGAUGGCAUAAAGAACUAUCAAAAUUAAGAACUGCUUUAAGAGAUCAAUUAAUUGAAAGUCUUGAAUUAUUAAAAAUUAAAUUAAAUCAAACAUUUUGUUCAAAUGAAUUCCUUAUCAUUAAAACAAACAAUAAUAAUAAUACACCAUUGAAUGAUUCCAAUAUAACAUGGAAUUGUUGGUAUCAUAUAAUAGAAUUAAUAUCAAAAUUUCGUUUAAUAUUAGAACAAACAUUUUUAAUACAAGAUGAUAUAAUAUUAGAUUUAAUGUUACCAGUUGAUAAUUAUUUAAUACAAUCAUUAUUAGAAACAUCAUGUCAAUCUAAUAUAAUUGAUUCAAAGAAUAUACAAGCUGAAGAAUUAGAUGAAAAGAUUAAAUGUCAUGAAUAUUGUCAAGCUCGAUUAAAUUUAAUCUUCGAUUCUUUAACUGGUCAUUCAGAUUUACCAUCAUUAACUAGAAAAUCAAGAAAUUUAUUUGUGAAUAAUAAAGUGAAUCGUCAUUCAUUAUUACCAUUACCCAAUGAUAGAAAUCAUCCUAUGAAAGAUGAAGAAAGACGAAUAUCAAAGGGUAGAACUGUGAAAUCUUCAAAUAACAUUAAUAAUAACAUAAAUACUCAUAAUAAUGAUAAUGAUAUUAAUCAAAUGAAUAAUGUUCUUAUUGAAGCUGAACAAUAUAGAAUGUUGUAUAGACCAGAAUUGGUAUUUACAUUUAGAUUAAAUCGUAAAUUAAUUCAAUCAUUAGAAUUAGGUGAAUCAUUAAUUGAUGGAUUGAAAAAUUUUAAUAUUGCUCAAGGAACAUGUAUGCGAAAAUUGAUGCGUAUGCAUUAUUGUGCUUUAUGCUAUGGGGAAACUUUAUCAAGACCAUGUCCUGGAUUAUGUUUAAAAAUUUUAUCAGAUUGUUUAAGACCACUUAGUCAACUUAAUCCACAAUGGUAUCGUUUCACAGAAACUAUCAAAAGUGUAGCAGAUAUAUUCUUAGAAAAACCACAAUUAAGAUUAGAAAGUCAAUUGGACGACUUUCCAGAACAUCUUGUAAAUUAUUAUCAUCAAUUAUUACAUACCUAUCACAACUGGUUACAACCUCAAUGUUCAGGAAUAAAAAAACUGUACAAUGUGUUUGAUCAGCUUAAAAGUAAUUCCAAAACUAUAUUUCAAACAAUGAAGAAGAAUAAUAAUACAAAACGUUUGAAACAUCAUAAGAAGAUUUUUGAACAAAUGAAAACAACUAUGGAUGAAAUAAAAAAUAUAUGGUCACAUUCAAGUACAGCAUUGUGCUUAGAAUCACCUUAUCUUGCUUUAAUCAAUAGAAGACGUGAUCAAUGCUGGAAUGGAACAGUUAUUGCAAGUUUUAAUGAAGAGAAAUGUACAUUUUGUCAACAUGAACCAAAAUUAAAAGAAACGAUUAUUACAAAUUCACAUAAUGAAAAUUAUAAUGAGAAAUUAUCACCAAGUCGUAAACAACGAACAUCAUUUAUACCAACUAAUGAUAUACAACAACAAUCAAGUAUUAGUGAAACAGAUGAUCUAUUAUCAGCUUCAAUUGCAUCAACUAAUUAUUUAUUAAAUAAUCCAUCAUGGAAUUCACCAUUACAACAUGAUAAGGAAUUAGCUUUUCGACGUGCCAAUGAAAUUCUAGUUAGAGCAUCUAGAGAUUUGGAAUGGUCCGUGAAAUCAUUGUUAAGCGAAACCAACUAUUAUAAUUCAUUAAAUGCUAAGUCUACUUCAAACGGAGGUGAUAAAUCUAAAGGAAAUACACCACCAGAAUCAUGGGCACGAAUUUCAACAUCUCAAAAACCUGGAGAACAAUAUGAAACCGGGAAAACAUCAUCCAAUCCACAUUCAGAUAUGACCAAUUCUUUAGGUAUGCUCGCUUAUGGAUCAAUACUAAAUUGGAAUGCACAAGGAGAAGGAGGAGAAGAAGAAGAAGAAAAUGAGGAAGAAGUACAACGUAAAAUACCAAUGAAUUCUAGAAGUAAUAAUCCAUCAUCAUCGGAUUCCUCUUCGAAACCAAUACGAAUGACAAUAAAUCAAAAAAAUUCAAAGAAAAAAAAUUCACCUGACAAAGCACAACGCAUAAGACCAUUAGAAAGAAACUCAAAUCUUGCCUCAGGUUUUAUUCCAGGUUGGACAUUAUAUGCAUGGACUCCAAUUAGUUCACCUGCUAAAGAACAUACAUAUGAAAAACCAGUAGAUAACAGUUUUGUCCAAGAAGAUACAAAUUAUGGUGAAAGUGGUCUACAUGAUACCAAAGGUGAACUUGAUUAUCCACAAUUAUUUCCAUUUGUUAAUAUGAAUUCACAAGAAUUGAAUAUAUCAAUCAUGGGAUCGGAUGAAAAAUUCUUACGUAAUAAUAGUGUAUUUAAUCCAUAUAUGCAUCAUAAUCUUAAUAAUUCUUUAUGGACAAAUAAACAAAUUAGAAAAAAUAAUAAAACAACCAAUUUAACUGAUUUAAACAAAAUUCAAGAUCCCAAUUCAAAUAAAAAUGGAGCUAUGUGUAUUGAACUUCAACGUGAACAAUAUUACAUUAUAAAUAUUAGCAUAUCUGUGAUGCUUUUGAUUUAUUUAUUGAGGGUAUGAACUGAUAAAUGUUAAAUGGUUGAUUCUUUCACUAAAUUGCCUUUUUGUCAGUCACCCCCUCCCCACACACACAUGCACACACACACACAAGUAUCCACUUAUGCAUUCAUGCACAUAAACAAUUUCAUAUGCCGUACAUUAUGUUAUUUUUCAUCUUGUUUUACAUAAAGAAGUUUAAUUCGAAAAAAAUGUACAGGAAUAUUCGUUUCUCUUUUAAAAGAAGAUUUUUAUGGUUGUAAUUUUUUUAUUUUAUUCUUUAUUAAGUACCAAUGAACUUCAAUUAGUAGUUACCUAUUACUAACAAGAAUACAAGAAUGAAAAACACUUGGCAACCAUCUAUGAACAUUUAAUAUUACAAUAAUAAUCAAUAUUGUUUAUUUGUGAAAUUGUAUAAUGACCGAAAUGAUUUUUUGAUCAUUGAUUUCAUGAUUACCCCCCCCCACUCCCUUUUUUUGUUCCAUCAUUUGAACAUUACUUCAUUUUAGAUUUGAAUCAUGAAUUAAAGCGUCUAUAUAUAUAUAUAUACGUUAUUGAAACAUACGAACAAUCGAUAGAAAUUCUGAUCCCAUCCAUGGGAAUGUCAUCUAAUUAUUUCAUUGGAAUUCAUUAAUCUAUUACAUAGAAUUCUAUCUGAUAUAUUAGUUUAACCAGUGAUAUGAAAAGUAGGAAUAUGAUUAUUCUUUCCAUAUUCUACUUUCUGCUCAGCAUUUCUCUUUUCCUUUUCUUUAUUUCUUUUUUCUUCUAAAUUUUAAAACAUUUCUCUCAUAGAUACCAUAAAAGUAAACUAAAUUUCAUUAUAAAUAGUCAUUAUGUAUUUAAUCACUACAUUGGAUAACAACAUACAUUUAUAGAUUAUAAUAAUGAUUAACUAUUCAUUUAAUAGUUAUUGUUUAGUUUAUUCUAUAAAUCAAUCUAGAAUGUUAUUCUGAUUUGGCAACGUUUCAAUUUAAAAGAAAAAAGAAAAAAAAAGAAAAAAAAGGAAAAUAAAAAUAAAAGAAAUUAACCAUAUGAUAUCAUUCCUUGGAUAUAUUGAAGUAAAUAAGAUAUAGUUACUCUAUUUGAAAACAAAUGCAUAAAUCUUUAUUUCUGUUUAUUCAGUGAAUAAUAAUAAAUUCAUUGGAUUAUGAUAAAAGUACCUAAAUGUAAUUUACAUUUAUUUGUUGUGUUUAAUUUCAUUCUUUUUUUUGGUGUUGUGCUUGUAUUUUCUUCUUGUGUUUUUUUUCUCUUUUUUUUCUUUUUUCAAAUGAUACCACUUCAUAUUUUGUCUCAUAAUCAGAGAGAAAUUAAAUAAAUUUUUUUUUGAAUGCAA